UUGGAGCACGCACCAUGUCUCCGAGAGAUUUUCGUCAAACGUUAUCACUGUUUAACUCGUUUGAUUACAAGAAUGUAUGACAUUCAAAAUGGAGGCGUUCCCAAAGAACAAUCUGUGGAGUCAGCUUGUUGCUCAUGGUUAGAAUUUGGCCGUUGUUCCCUUAAUCUCACAGAGACCUCAUGUGGCGAUAAAGCAGCCAAUUAUAUCAGACGUAAAGCUAAGUUGUACCUCCAGAAGAUGUUUGAUCUCAUCUGUAAAGACACGUCACCAGACACGUGCCGGAAUAUGGAGAAGCCAAAAUUUUUGAUUUCACCUUUUGUCCCAUUUGUAAAUAUCCUAAAUGAACAAGUGAACAAAGAUGGUACUAAGUCAUAAGAACCAGACCUGAAGAAAAUCUGAAACCUUUUAGGUCUUACAAGUUUGUUUGUUAUUUUGCACGGGAUUUAAAGAAGGAUUCUAUGGAUUCAUUGAAAUGUUUUGAUUUUCAUAUGCUUAAAACUUUUAUAUUACAUUUAUACUCAGUCACCAAUUCAUGUAAACUAAUAGCUGAAAAAGGUUUCCAAUAAACUUUUGCUACUUACAUA